AUGAAGGACAGGCUAGAGGAGCUGAGGAGGCGCAUGCACGAAGAUGGGGACUCUCUGGAGCUGGGGGAGUCCUUCUCCUUCGAUAAUCCUGUUUUCCAGGAAGAUGAGAGCAGCCCCAUGCAUAAGGUGCUCCAGGAAAUAAGCAGCCUCUCCUUGGCUCUGGAUAAGUUGGAGCAAUCCUCUGAGAGUAUCGCCAAGAAGCAGCAGCGGGUGCUUUGCUGCACCACCGAAGCAAGCAUUGGCGAGGAGAAAAAAGAGCUCAGCACCAUGAAGAACAUGUUCACCAAAGAAGCUAAGGCUCUCCAGCCAAGGCUCGGUGACAUCCAGGAGACCCUGGCCAAGAAAAGGGCGAAAAGUCUAGCCAUCAGCCGCAUUCGCUGCUGCCAGUUCUCAGUGCUGGUCAACCGCUACCGAGAGAUCAUCACCCGCCAUUAUGCCAAGGAAACCCACUAUGUGGGGAAGCUGAAGGAGCAGAUCCAGAGACAGACAGAACUGGCAGGCUUGCAUCUCCAAGAGGAGGACAUCAAGCAACUGGUGGAGAGCUCUACGAUGCCGCGCAUCGUUGGCCAAGACCUGGAAGUGCUCAAAGCCAAGCAGCACCUCGCCAUGGCCCAGGUGCGCCACCAGCAGCUGCUGGACUUGGAGGCCCAGAUCAGCGAGCUCCAUUCCCUCUUCUUGCACUUGGAGAUCCUGGUCCUGGAACAACAAGAGGUCCUCAACAGCAUUGAGUACAACAUCCUCCACACCACUGAUUACAUUUGCCAGUCCAACGAGGAGGUCAAGAAAGCCAUCAAAUAUCAGCGCCAUUCCCGGUUGUCCACCCUCUUGUCCACGCUCCUAGGCCUUUGCGCCUGUUGUACAUGCCUGUCGUGCAUGGCAACUCCAAGUGUGUUGCGCUGA